CAGACAGACGUGAGUAAUCGAUCUCAGAACUCAGGCAAGGCAGAGCAAUGUUUUCAUGCCUGCUGACGACCUACGCUCGUUACUCUGCCAUGGCGCCCGUUAUGUCGCUGACUGAAGAGGGGACGUCAUAACAUCGUGUUUUUAUUCGCUAUAGUGAAAGAUAGCCUGUCCGUUUCGCUUCUCCCGGUUUGAAUUGAAUUACCAUUAUCUCUGAACCCGCCAUGACCGUGGAGCAGAAUGUCCUCCAGCAGCAUUCUCAAAAGCACCAGCAGACGCUUCUAAACCAGCUAAGGGAGGUCACGGGCACCACAGACGUUCAGCUGCUUCAGCAGGCCCUGCAGGUGAGCAAUGGAGACUUGGCGGAGGCUGUUGCGUUCCUGACAGAGAAAAAUGCCAAGGUUCCUCAGCAAGAUGAGGCGACCUACUACCAGACGUCCCAGGUGGCCAGCGACAGAUACAUCAGUGUGGGGAGCCAGGCAGACACAAAUGUAAUUGACCUGACCGGGGAUGAUAAAGAUGACCUGCAGAGGGCUAUCGCCCUCAGCCUGGAGGAGUCCAACCGGGCGUUCAGGGAGACAGGCAUCACUGAUGAGGAGCAGGCCAUUAGCCGAGUUUUGGAGGCCAGCAUUGCAGAGAACAAGGCAAGUCUGAAGCGGACCCACACAGAGGUAUGGAGCGACUCACCCAACCCAUAUGACCGGAAGAGGAUAGACACCUGCCCUGUUGGGCUGAAAAAUGUUGGCAAUACCUGCUGGUUCAGUGCUGUCAUACAGUCUCUGUUCAACCUGUUGGAGUUCCAGAGGCUGGUGCUCAACUACUCACCACCAGCCCGAGUCCACGACCUGCCUCGCAACCAAAAGCAGGAACACAGGAACCUUCCCUUCAUGCAGGAGCUGCGGAACCUCUUCUCCCUCAUGGUGGGCUCCAAGAGGAAAUAUGUAGAUCCGUCACGAGCUGUGGAAAUCCUUAAAGACGCCUUCAAGUCCAGUGAGUCGCAGCAGCAAGAUGUGAGCGAGUUCACCCACAAGCUGCUAGACUGGCUGGAGGACGCCUUCCAGAUGAAGGCUGAAGAAGACAGGGAGGGUGAGAAGCCAAAGAACCCCAUGGUGGAGCUUUUCUAUGGCCGCUUCCUUGCAGUGGGUGUCCUGGAAGGUAAAAAAUUUGAAAACACAGAGAUGUUUGGGCAGUACCCGCUGCAGGUGAAUGGCUUCAAGGAUCUCCACGAAUGUCUCGAGGCAGCGAUGAUUGAGGGAGAGAUCGAGUCCCUGCACUCAGCGGAGAACUCGGCCAGGUCUGGUCAAGAGCACUGGUUCACAGAACUCCCUCCUGUGUUGACCUUUGAACUGUCAAGAUUUGAGUUUAACCAAGCACUGGGACGACCAGAGAAGAUCCACAACAAGCUUGAGUUCCCCUCUAUGCUCUACAUGGACAGGUACAUGGACAGGAACAGGGAAAUAACCAGGAUCAAGAGGGAGGAGAUCAGGAGGCUGAAAGAGCAUCUGACGCUGCUUCAACAGCGACUGGAGAGGUAUCUGAGUUAUGGCUCAGGCCCCAAGAGGUUUCCUCUGGCAGAUGUCCUCCAGUAUGCAAUGGAGUUUGCUUCCAGCAAGCCAGUGUGCACCUCCCCAGUGGAAGACAUUGACUCAUCAGCUCCUCCCGGUGGCACAACAGGACAACUGCUUCCCCCACCAAGCACAGCCGAGCAGGACUCCUUGCCUGCCAUGGAGACCUCGGGCCCCGCCUCAGGUCUCAGCGCAGCUCCUGCUGUUGCCCAACAGCAGAGAGUACCCAUUCAUAAGCCCUUCACCCAGUCCCGGCUACCUCCCGACCUCCCAAUGCAUCCGGCCCCACGCCACAUCACUGAAGAAGAGUUGAGGGUGCUCGAGAGCUGCUUACAUCGCUGGAGGAGUGAAGUGGGAAAUGACACACGUGAUCUGCAGGGCAGUAUAAACAGAAUCCACAGAACCAUUGACCUUAUGUACUCUGACAAAUCUAUGAUGCAGGUUCCAUACCGGCUUCACGCAGUGCUUGUCCAUGAAGGCCAGGCCAACGCAGGCCACUACUGGGCUUACAUCUACGACCCGCAUCAGCGUUGCUGGAUGAAGUACAACGACAUCUCUGUCACCAAGUCGUCCUGGGAGGAGCUGGUCAGGGACUCGUUUGGCGGCUACCGCAAUGCCAGCGCAUAUUGCCUCAUGUAUAUCAACGACAAAAAGCCCUUUCUCAUAGAAGAGGAGUUUGAUAAAGAAACUGGACAGAUACUCAGCGGCAUGGACAAACUGCCUCCGGACCUGAAGCAGUAUGUGAAGGAGGACAAUGAGCUGUUUGGCAAGGAAAUUGAGGAGUGGGACGCCCUACAGGCACGCAAGGCCCAGCAGGAGAAGCUUGCCCUGGCCGCCGCAGCUGCCUCGGCAGCAGCCAGCAGCUCCGCUUCUUCUUCUUCCCCUCAGCCCAUGAGUAUUGAGUCCAGCCUUCCAGACAACACAGCACCCCAGCAGGACCCAGAGUACAUGGAGCAGCCAUCACCCACCAAUGACUCCAAGCACCUGCAGGAGGACACGGAGAGGGCCAUCUCCAGGGCUGCUGCUGAGCAAGAGGAGAGAAGUCCCGAAGCAUUGUUAAAUGCUUUCUCUGUCCUUCCUGUCUCAUCUGUCUCUCUACAGUCUUUUCCCCCUCCCUCCUCCCCUCAACCUGAGGUCCAGGUGAGCACCCCCUCCACCCCUCCCCCUGACCUGGUCACGGAGGAUGAGUCUCCUGGCCAGCGCACGGUGGAGGUGGCCAUUCCUAAUGUGGGGACCUUUGUCAUUGAGUCAGAAGAGGGGGGGUACGAUGACGAGGCAAUGAUGACCCCCAACAUGCAGGGUAUAAUUAUGGCCAUUGGCAAAUCCAGCAGCGUGUAUGAAAUGAAUGGGCCUGAGGCAGCCUUUUUUAAGGCGAUCAAGCUGGAAUAUGCUCGUCUUCUGAGAUUUGCCCAAGAGGACACACCCCCUGAGAAUGACUACCGACUACAGCACAUCAUCGUCUACUUCAUCCAAAACCAGGCGCCCAAGAAGAUUCUGGAGAGGACUCUGCUCACACAGUUUGCUGACCGGAACCUGGCCUUCGAUGAGAGAUGUAAGAGCAUUAUGAAUGUGGCACGUGCCAAACUGGACCUUAUUAAGCCUGAUGAGGUCAACAUGGACGAAUAUGAGAUGUGGCAUCAGACGUACCGGAAUUUCCGUGAGACAACCAUCUUUAUGAUGUCUGGGUUGGAGCUCUUUCAGAAGUCAAAUUACAUGGAAGCUCUGAUGUAUCUGAUCUACUCGUACCAGUACAACAAGGAGCUUUUGUCAAAAGGGUUGUACAGAGGGCACGACGAGGAGAUUCUUGGUUACUACCGUCGAGAGUGUUUACUGAAAUUGAAUGAGCAAGCGGCUGCCAUGUUUGAGUCGGGAGAAGAAGCGGAGGUGAGCACAGGCCUGGGCAUCAUGAACGAGCUGGUGGUGCCCUGCAUCCCUCUGCUGCUGAUCCACGACACAGAGAGGGACCUGCUGGCAGUGGAGGACAUGAGGAACCGCUGGUGCUCCUACCUGGGCCAGGAGAUGGAGUCCAACCUCCAGGAAAAGCUGACCGACUUCCUCCCUAAGUUGCUGGACUGCUCGACGGAGAUCAAAAGCUUCCACGACCCUCCCAAGGUGCCCGCCUACUCCACUCUGGAGCUGAGUGAACGAUUCAGCCGCAUCAUGGCCGCCCUGGGCAGGGUGCCCACAGAGGCCAGAUGAGCUCGGGACGGGGACGAGACGCCUCUCCCUUAUCACAGGCCUGAAUCCUGGGCAGAAAUCCAUGGACCUCUCUUAACCCACGCCUUCCUUAUAAAUCCAGGGGUCUCUCGCUUCUAGCUUUUAUUCCUCUGUUACUCUUUUGCUGCUAUAGGUUUUGCCAUUAUAAAUAUUAUAUCAUUUUUAUUUUAAGCAAAACACAACAGAGGAUGGAGGAUGGACUGAUGGGAGGGAAUAAAGAAAUAAGAGGAGAUGUUGGUGGAAAAAAAACAGUGGCAAUCAUGCCGGCCAAGCACAUGUUGCAUCAGCUUUGCAAAAAAACAACCAGACAGACACGUUUGAGGGUUUUUCCAUAGUUUAUUAUUGAUGUUGUUGCUGUUUGAUUCAAGCUUCCCCAACCACAGUCAUAGCCCUAUCUAAAGCACGCUCCUGUGCGUGAAAAGGAUCACCCUGCCGCUCCGCCUCCAGUUUGGUACAGUAUUACCACGUUUUGUUUUAUUUUUCUAAGAAAGUUAGGAAGAGAGCAUCCGGUUUAUCAGCGGCCCAGAGUGUCUCGAUCGGGCCCCAUGUCUUUGAGGAUCGCGGCGGCGGAGUGAGAUGUUUUAAGUGCUGUGGUAGACAGCCAUGGACUUCCUGUGGCUUGUUAAUACAUUGAGAGAAUAAAAUUUUAUUUAUGGCCCUUUUAGGCCAAAUAAACAAAUGUUUUGCCUGA